AUGGGCCCCCACCGCCGAUGCCCUGGGAACAGCCAGAUUGGGUGCAUCGCGGGCACGGGCACGAAGGAGGACCACCUCGCAUGGGUCAUGAGGAACACCAUGGCCCUGCUGACGACAAUCACGAGAAACACCACGACAGUCAUCAGCAUUCCGACGAGUCUGAGCGACCGCACGGACAUGAGGGCAAGCCCCAUCACCAGGACCACGAUGAUCACAAGCCUUCCGGCGACGCCAAGCGACCUGAGACAAAGGUUGAGGAGCCAGAAAGUGACAGGAAAGACGCAAUUUUGCCCGUGGCUGACCCCGAGAAGCAUGAAGAUUCUAAGCCCUCUCGCCCCGAAGAGCAUCCCCAUCCCGAUGCCCCAUGGGAAGCUGAACUCCGACGAGACCACGACCACAGGCCCCCACCACACGACGGACCCCAUGAUCACGAAGAGUUCCACGGUGAUCACGAAGAGUUCCACGGUCACCACCCACCUCCUCCUGGACCUCCCCCACCUGGACCUCCUCCCCCUGGACCUCCACCACCUGGGGCUCAUCCCCACGCGCUACGUCCGCAAGUCCAUCAAGUCUCCCCGUCGCCGCCGAAACUCCAACGCCCCCUGGUACAAGAAGCUGUGCUUCGGGCCCAACUACUCCGAGCUCUCCGAGGACGAGGAGAAGGAGGCCAUGCUCCGGCACUGCGGCGACUCCGAGUCUGACUCCGACGACGACGAGGAUGACAGGGACGUCGUUGCCAGGGACAUCUCCCAAUUCAGAACAGCAGCGGAAGUGGUCGGCGAGAUGGUCGCCGUCGAGGAGGCACGCAUGGUGUCACACUCGCGCCAGCCGUCCUUCUCGCCAGCUCCUGCGCCAGCCUCUGUCCCCAUGCCGCAGCAGCAGCCCAUGCACCCGUACAUGCCCGCCCACCUCAUGCCCACCAACAGCAUCCCCGUGGUGCCCAUGCCCACGGGGCAGCUGAGCCCCGACCCGGCGACAAUGGCCGCCAUGGCCGCCAUGUUCCCAGACCUGGCCCACGAUCUGGGCCACGGCGGCGACGGCCUGGCCGGGGAGGAGCUGCCCGCAUACCAGGAGGCGGACCGGCAGAGCGAGAGCGACGAGUCCGAGUUCGCGUCGAGCAUGGUGACGGACGGCUACAGGCCGGGCUGCUCCGGGUCGUCGUACACGCCGAGCGAGUCCGGGUCGCAGGGGGCGAGUGAUAUUCUCGGGGACACUAAGAAUUAA